AUGGGAGGCGGCUGGUGCGGGGGCGCUCGGGGGUCCUUUGCCCCCGGCCACGGCCCUCGCGCCGGGGCGUCGCCGCCUCCCGUGUCCGAGCUGGAUCGCGCGGACGCCUGGCUCCUCCGGAAGGCGCAUGAGACAGCCUUUCUCUCCUGGUUCCGCAAUGGCCUCCUGGCCUCCGGCAUCGGGGUCAUCUCCUUCAUGCAGAGUGACAUGGGUCGGGAAGCCGCCUAUGGCUUCUUCCUGCUGGGCGGCCUGUGCGUGGUGUGGGGCGGCGCCUCCUACGUGGUGGGCCUGGCGGCGCUGCGGGGGCCCAUGCAGCUCUCGCUGGGGGGCGCGGCCACGGGCGUGGGCGCCGUGCUGGCCGCCGGGCUUCUCUGGGCUUGUGCCGUCGGCCUCUACAUGGGCCAGCUGGAGCUGGACGUGGAACUGGUGCCCGAGGACGACGGGACGGCCGCCGCCGAAGGCCGCGACGAGGCCGGCCGGCCUCCGCCGGAGUGAGCAGCGGGGCCGCGGGAUAGGGCUGGGCGCGCGGCAGCCGCGGGCGCAGGGACAUUAAACCUAACCCUUCCCUGGCUCCG